AUAGAGGGCUAGACCCUCGCUUCCAACAUGUUAUUUCGCGGGCCAACCAAGGCCAACCCGAGUAGAGUCUCUUCGCACUCAGUGGAGUCCCAGCGUUGUGCCCAGGCAAUUCCACGUGGCGUCCCGACUCCUGGGCGGGUCGUCGCUUGCCGCGCUGCGAGUGCAUACGCUGGGAGCGCUUACUCGGCAGACCCAGCUGGGGCCCUUGCUGCGCUGGAGGAGGAGAACAAGCUGCUGAAGACGACCAUUUCGGACGCGAAGGCGGCUAUUAUGGAGCUGGAGACGCAGUUGAAAGCAUCGGGCAUCCCCCUGCCCGCGCCAGAGAACUCGCCAGACCUUAUGCCCACGCAGCCCGAGGACUUCUGGUCGCCCGCCAUGGAGGUGCCGUACAACUACGAGUACAAGGACCGCUACGGCGCCAUCAGCCCAAUCCCAGGGCACGACGGCACCGAGUGCUUCUCCUGGGACGCCACGCUGUGGGGCUUCGCGGAGCACUUUAGGUACCGCUGGCGCCGUCUGCGGAGCAUUCGCCAGGCCAUCGAGGACAAUGAGGGCGGACUGGACAACUUCACCAAAUCCUACAACCGCUUUGGUCUGAAUCGCGGCAUGCACGAGGGCCGGCAGGGCAUCUGGUACCGCGAGUGGGCGCCGGGGGCCAAGGCGCUGAGCCUCAUCGGCGACUUCAACAACUGGACGCCCAAGGACGCGCACUGGGCGUUCAAGAACACGUACGGCGUGUGGGAGCUGUUCCUGCCGGACGGCCCCGACGGCACGCCCGCCAUUCCCCACCGCUCCAAGGUCAAGUGCCGGCUGGAGACGCCUGACGGGCAGUGGGUGGAGCGCAUCCCGGCUUGGAUCAAAUGGGCCACACAGGCCUGGAACGAGAUCCAGUUCAACGGGGUGCACUGGGACCCUCCGGAGACCGGGUCGCCGGGCGAGAUCGCCAGUGACAAGAAGUACACGUUCAAGUACCCGCGCCCGCCGCGGCCGCGCUCGCUGCGCAUCUACGAGUGCCACGUGGGCAUGAGCAGCCAGGAGCCCAAGGUGAACAGCUACCUGGAGUUCCGCCGCGACGUGCUGCCGCGCAUCCGCGCCCUGGGCUACAACGCCAUCCAGAUCAUGGCCAUCCAGGAGCACGCCUACUACGGCUCCUUCGGAUACCACGUCACCAACUUCUUCGCGCCCUCCAGCCGCUGCGGCACGCCCGAGGAGCUCAAGGCGCUGAUCGACGAGGCGCACCGGCUGGGCAUCAUCGUGCUGAUGGACAUUGUGCACAGCCACGCCUCCAAGAACACCAACGACGGCAUCAACAUGUUUGACGGCACCGACGCAAUGUACUUCCACGGCGGGCCCCGCGGCUUCCACUGGAUGUGGGACAGCCGAUGCUUCGACUACGGCAACUGGGAGACGCUGCGCUUCCUGCUGUCCAACACUCGCUACUGGAUGGACGAGUUCAAGUUCGACGGCUACCGCUUCGACGGCGUCACGUCCAUGAUGUACCACCACCACGGCCUCAGCUACAGCUUCACAGGCAACUACGACGAGUACUUCGGCAUGAACACGGACGUGGACGCGGUUGUGUACCUGAUGCUGGUCAACCAGCUGCUACACGACAUGUUCCCCAACGCCAUCACCAUCGGCGAGGACGUGUCGGGCAUGCCCGCCUUCUGCCGCCCCUGGCACGAGGGCGGUGUGGGUUUCGACUACCGCCUGCAGAUGGCCAUUGCGGACAAAUGGAUUGAGGUGCUCAAGAGCCACGACGACCACUCCUGGGACAUGACUGCCAUCACACACACGCUCACCAACCGCCGCUACGCGGAGUCGUGUGUGAGCUACGCCGAGAGCCACGACCAGGCGCUGGUGGGCGACAAGACCAUUGCCUUCUGGCUCAUGGACAAGGACAUGUACGACAAAAUGUCGGUGCCGGGCAAGGGCCCCGCCUCCGCCAUUGUGGACCGCGGCAUCGCGCUGCACAAGAUGAUCCGCCUGGUCACCCUAGCGCUGGGCGGGGAGUCCUACCUCAACUUCAUGGGCAACGAGUUCGGUCACCCAGAGUGGAUUGACUUCCCUCGCGACAACACCUACGACCCCUCCACUGGCCGCUUCAUCCAGGGCAACGGCGGCAGCAUGGACAAGUGCCGGCGGCGCUGGGACCUGGCGGACAGCGAGAGCCUCAAGUACAAGUGGCUGCUGGCCUUCGACCGCGCCAUGUGCCACCUGGACAAGGCGUUUGGCUUCCAGGGCGCGCCGCAUCAGUGGAUCAGCCGCGCCGACAGCGCCGACAAGAUGAUUGUGUGCGAGCGCGGCGACCUGCUGUUCGUGUUCAACUUCCACCCCACCCGCUCCUACACCGACUACCGCGUGGGGUGCAACGCCAGCGGACCGUACAAGAUUGUUCUGAGCAGCGACGAGGAGGUGUUUGGCGGCUACCGCAACUGCAGCAAGGACGCGGGCGUGACGUUCGUGGCGCAGCCCAUGGCGCACGACAACCGGCCCUUCUCAUUCCUGGUGUACGCGCCCUCGCGCACGUGUGUGGUGUACGCGCCGGCGGGCUGGGUGGACAGCGAGGCCGACCGCAAGCCGCACGGCAUUGCGGGCCUGGCGGUGCGCGACCUGGGGCCCUACUUUGCAAGGUAGAUGCGGGUCAGGCUUGAGCCAGGUUACCCGGUGGGCAGAGGUGCCGGGCAGGUGGAAGCAGGCAUGGGCGGUGCCGUUGAAAGCGUGGCAUGGGUUAUACAGUGCGCUAGCAGGGAGCGGAGGCUUUGUGGUGUCCUGCGCGCGUGCUUUGGGUGGGUUCGCUGUUGGGUGGGGAGGGGGGCUGGUACGGUGCUUGCAGAGGGCUGCUUGUUACCCACUGGCAGGUAGUUUUGAGGGGGAAUGCAAGGGGAGGACUGCUGGACGGGUGUCAAUUGCAGGCAGUGUUAAGUAUGGUGUUCGAUGCACGAGGGUCUGUGGAGGUUUGAAGAUGGUCAAGUAAAUCCCCGGGCAGGCGGGCUAGGCGAAUGCCGUGCGUGCGAGGUGCAGCGGCGGUGUUGCUGCACGAGAGACACGGGAAGUUGGAGAGCGUGUGCCAGAAGAGUUCAUGUUUCUUUGUUACUACGGUCUGUUUUGUGUCAUGGACCGUGGUGCUGAUUUGCGGCGUGGGCGGGUCAACGCAGACCGUUUAUUUGGGCUGCAGUCGUCCGGGCUGUGCAAUUUUGGUGUCCGUUGAUUGGGGUCAAUGACAUGCGCCUCGAGUUGCAUUUUUGCGCUUUGCGACGGUAGGUGCUCAGUCACCGUCAUACAUGUUAACUUGCUAA